ACGUUUCAGGGGAUAGCUAUGCUUUGAGUGUUGAUAUUUUCCAGUCCGACCGAUUGCGAGCAAGUUGGGAGCCUGAGAGAAAGGUACUUUUGUUUUCUUGCGCGGGGUGCUCAUGCUCUUCAUUGGCCGUCAAAGCUCAGGGAAAGAAGUAAAGAGCGGGACCAAGGACAAGAAGAAAGGUGAGGACCGAAGGUGCAGACUGGGACCGGAGACGGCGGGCACGGGAGGGCGAUCACUCGACCCCGAUUGGCCCGGGGGGCGUCAUCGAAGAUCCGAGCAACUAUUUGAUUGGUUGGUGCCCACAACUGUUGUGGCAGCACGGAAGAAUAUUGCCCACGUACUUCCUAGCAAGAGGCGGGGCUGCGCCGUGACGCGCUAGCGCUACACUGGGAGCCCCACCCUGUAGUUCAGAACCUGUAAAGGGGCGGGGCCAAGAAGUGCUUGUUUUGGUGCUUUCCUUUGAAGCCGGAGGCCGAACGAGAAGUAGCAAUAAACCUGCCAGCCUCGGGAGCAAAGACGACGGCAAACUCGCCGCGGUGCCUUCAGCCUGCCUUCAACCAUUGGACUUUACAUCCGGGUUUUCCUGCCGCGUGACCCCCAGCUCGCCUACCCUCCUCGAACCACUGUCGCUUCAGACUUUCUAUCCGGGUCCCGUCGAUCCCGUGGUGCCUCGCGCCGGGCAGGAGCCCCCUCAUCCGGGUUCUCUCCCAGCGUGCUCCGCGCAGAGUUUGCUGGGGGGUAUUCGGCGGUGCCGCCAUGACUAUUCUCCCCAAAAAGAAGCCGCCGCCUCCCGACACCGACUCCGCCAACGAGUCGCCGCCGCCCGGGCCGCUGCCCCCGGCGCCGCGCCGCGGCGGGGGAGUGGGCGUGGGCGGCGGCGGCGCGGGCGUGGGCGGCGGCGACCGAGACCGUGACACGAGCGUUGUGGGUGCCCGUUCCCGGGCCUCACCUCCUCCCCAGGGCCCGCUGCCGGGGCCACCAGGUGCGCUACACCGCUGGGCUCUGGCCGUGCCCCCGGGCUCUGUGGCGGGUCCCCGGCCACAGCCGUCUUCCCCUCCCCCGUGCGGGGGUCCAGGGGGUCCCGGCAGCGGGCCCGGCGAUGCGCUGGGUGCAGCUGCAGCGGGAGUUGGGGCGGCGGGCGUGGUGGUGGGAGUGGGCGGGCCCGUGGGCGUGGGAGGUUGCUGUUCGGGUCCCGGCCACAGCAAGCGACGGCGCCAGGCCCCCGUGGUUGGUGCUGUCGGUGGUGGCAGCCCGGAGCAUGAAGAAGUCGGCGCGGGUUACAACAGCGAGGAUGAAUAUGAGGCGGCUGCGGCGCGCAUCGAGGCCAUGGACCCCGCCACUGUGGAGCAGCAGGAGCAUUGGUUUGAAAAGGCCCUGAGGGACAAGAAGGGCUUCAUCAUCAAGCAGAUGAAGGAGGACGGCGCCUGUCUCUUCCGGGCUGUAGCUGAUCAGGUGUAUGGAGACCAGGACAUGCAUGAGGUUGUACGGAAACACUGCAUGGACUAUCUGAUGAAGAAUGCUGACUACUUCUCCAACUACGUCACAGAGGACUUCACCACCUACAUCAAUCGGAAGCGGAAAAACAACUGCCACGGGAACCACAUCGAGAUGCAAGCCAUGGCGGAGAUGUACAACCGGCCUGUGGAGGUUUACCAGUACAGCACAGAGCCCAUCAACACAUUCCAUGGGAUCCAUCAAAAUGAGGAUGAGCCCAUCCGGGUUAGUUACCAUCGGAAUAUUCACUACAAUUCAGUGGUGAAUCCCAACAAGGCUACCAUUGGUGUGGGACUGGGCCUGCCAUCUUUCAAACCAGGGUUUGCAGAGCAGUCACUAAUGAAGAAUGCCAUAAAGACAUCAGAGGAGUCAUGGAUUGAGCAGCAGAUGCUAGAAGACAAGAAGAGGGCCACAGACUGGGAAGCCACAAACGAGGCCAUCGAGGAGCAGGUGGCACGGGAAUCCUACUUGCAGUGGCUGAGGGAUCAGGAGAAACAGGCCCGCCAGGUCCGCGGUCCCAGCCAGCCUCGAAAAGCCAGCGCCACGUGCAGUUCUGCCACAGCAGCAGCCUCCAGUGGCUUGGAGGAGUGGACCAGCCGGUCUCCACGGCAGCGGAGCUCAGCCUCAUCACCGGAGCACCCAGAGCUGCACACCGAGCUGGGCAUCAAGCCCCCUUCUCCAGGCACUGUUUUAGCUCUUGCCAAACCUCCUUCACCCUGUGCACCAGGUACAAGCAGCCAGUUCUCAGCAGGGGCCGACCGGGCCUCUUCCCCCCUUGUGUCCCUCUACCCUGCUCUGGAAUGCCGGGCCCUCAUUCAGCAGAUGUCCCCGUCGGCCUUUGGUCUGAAUGACUGGGAUGAUGAUGAGAUCCUGGCAUCGGUGCUGGCAGUGUCCCAACAAGAAUACCUAGACAGUAUGAAGAAAAACAAAAUGCACAGAGACCCACCCCCAGACAAGAGUUGAUGGUGACCCAGAGACUGGAGACCCAUCUCCCAAACCCCGCCACUUUGCUCUCUGGUGCCACCCUCCCUUUCUUUGGCUUUCUUCCUUCUCCCUCCUCUCUUUUCCCCCCAUCUCCCUCUGGCUGACUCACCUCUGCGCCCUCUCAUCGCUGCCACCACCAUCAUGUGUCUCUGCGCCAGCUGACGUGCCCUGUUGCCCCCUGCACAGCAACAUCCCUGCAUUCCACAGGGGACUUGGGCAAGGGUGCCGAAGGUAGGCAAGAGGCACACAGAGACAAACCAGCUGGCAGCGGGUAACCCCAGGAGAGAGACAGAGGAAAGCCUCCUUGUACCCCCUUUCUUCCCAAAUCAAACAAGUUUGUUAUCCCAAUUACACAUUUUCCCAGAGAGGUGGAAGGAAGCAGGUGGGAAAUUCGUCUUCCUAAUAUCCCAAGAAUGUCUGAGCCUUCAUUGUUGAAUUUUUUUGGUUUACUAAAUAUACUUUUAUCUUACAAAAUCAACUUACCACAAAACGAUGUAGGCAACAGCACUGGCUCGGUGAGGGUGACAAUUCUCUCUCUGGUUUGGCUGCAGACAGUCCAUGGGGCCCAGAGACAACACAGAGUUGUGGUUGCUGUCUCUGACCUCCCACUCUCCGGAGGUGUGGGUAGGGUUGAGAGUGACUGGGGGUGGGGGGUGGGGGGCUGGGCAGGGGGCAGGUAUCACAUGGGCUUUGGACAAUGAGACUCUGACCUCGCUGCAUUCCUUUUGCUUCCACCACCACCACCAGUCUCGCUGGAGUCUUGGGGUGGGGGGCAUCUCUGAGGAUCAUGGCCACCGCCCUGGAUUUGAGUGUGGGGAGUGGGAGCAGCCUCGGCAGAUGGGGCACCUGUUCCCUGCAGGUGUUGACAAGAUCCACCGUCUGUAAUGUCCUUGGCACAAUAAAACCAAAUGUCAGUUUCC